AACUGCAGACUGCACGUCGUCGACUUUCUCCCACCACCGUCACACUCUCUCAACACCCGCAACCAUGGCGACCGAGUUGACUGUCCAGAGCGAACGUGCCUUCCAAAAGCAACCUCACAUCUUCCUCAACCACAAGAGGGGCUCCAAGGCCGCGAAAUCCCAGGGUAUCGGAAAGGGUGGCCGACGAUGGUAUAAGGAUGUCGGUUUGGGCUUCAGGACGCCCAAGCUCGCGAUCGAGGGCAACUACAUCGACAAGAAGUGCCCCUUCACCGGCCUCGUCUCCAUCCGCGGCCGUAUCCUCACCGGCACCGUCGUCUCCACCAAAAUGCACCGCACAAUCGUCAUCCGCCGCGAAUACCUUCACUUCAUCCCCAAGUACUCCCGAUACGAGAAGCGACACACCAACUUGGCCGCACACGUGAGCCCGGCUUUCCGUGUCGAGCCCGGCGACCAGGUCACCGUGGGCCAAUGCCGACCUCUCAGCAAGACGGUCCGUUUCAAUGUGCUGCGCGUUCUGCCCCGGACAGGAAAGCAGGUGAAGAAGUUUGAGAAGUUUUAAGGGGAUCACGGAUGGUGUGGGGGGAAGCAAGAGUCGUAUGGUACAAUGGCGAUGGUGCUGGAAAAGUGGCGCACGUCAUGGUUUGGGUGGUUUUGCUCGAUGGCAGGCUAAAUACAGCUAUGCCUCGAGGGGCACCCGGUCAAUAGCCUGCGAUUGAGUUGCAGAUACUACGACGAAACUCAUCACAAGUCUACAAGA